AAUUAAAGUCGACAGAAAUCUACUGAGGAUGUCAAAAAAUACAGGAAACCAAAAACAUGACAUCAUGGAUUACGUCAUUCACUCGCGUACUCCCCUGAUGGAUUCUAUAUCAGGUAGUUCGCUGUCGACAUCACUGCCAACGAAAAAGGUGUAAAAAUGUCGGCGAAACUUGAAGACUCCAGCAAUAUGCGAGACAAAAUUGUCAAGGUUCUAAGAUCGAAUCUCCUCAUCAUCCUCAUGAUCAUUGCAGUCAUCAUUGGACUUAGCUUGGGGAUCGGCCUUCGAGAAAUCUGGUCACCGUAUGAAUCAAGAAAAAUAUUCUACCUUCGUUUCCCAGGAGACCUGCUCAUGAAUAUGUUAAAAAUGCUGAUACUUCCGCUCAUCGUGUCGAGCCUCAUCACUGCCAUGGGAAGUCUUGACACCAACGCUUCCGGUCGUAUGGGCCUGCGCACAGUGGUGUACUAUAUGACGACAACAUUUUCCGCCGUGAUUUUAGGAAUCAUCUUGGUAGUGACUAUACAACCAGGAAACAAAGGAGACAAGAAUAUCACUAAAUCAGGCAAACCCAAAGACGCUGAACCGUUAGACGCUCUUUUUGACCUCAUAAGAAACUGCUUUCCAGACAACCUUAUAGCAAGCGCUUUCCAGAAGCAAGUUACAACAGUCGGAAACAAAACAGUGAAACUAAAGACGGGGAGUAAUGUGACGGGAACCAUGACGACCAUGGCGAUGAACCUCACUGGCAAUAUGACGGGGGAAAAUUCCACGGACGUCACCAGUAUGGUGGUGGACACACUGAGUGUGACGAAGGCGUCUGGAAUGAACAUCCUGGGUAUCGUGGUCUUCUCGUUGUUUCUGGGGGGCGUUCUGUCCAAAAUGGGAGAAGAUGGUGCCCCUCUGGUCAAGUUCUUUGAGUGUCUCCACAUAGCAACCAUGAAACUGGUCACUCUCGUUAUAUGGUACUCGCCCGUGGGAAUAAUUUUCCUGAUCGCCUCUAAACUAGUAGAAAUGGAGGACCUGGGCACCAUGUUUGAACAACUGGCGUACUACAUGGUGACGGUGCUGUCCGGCCUGUUCAUCCACGCCUUCAUCGUUCUACCCAUCAUCUACUUUGUCUUCACCAGGAAAAACCCAUUCACGUUCAUGGCUGGCAUGAUUAAAGCUAUCCUGACAGCGUGGGGAACUGCAUCAAGUUCCGCCACACUCCCGCUGACCAUGCGCUGUCUGGAAGAGAACAAUGGCGUAGAUCCCCGCGUGACCAUGUUUGUGACCCCUAUAGGAGCCACCAUCAACAUGGACGGCACGGCACUCUACGAGGCGGUGGCCUCCAUCUUUAUUGCUCAAUACAUUGGUCAGACACUCAACGUAGGAGAGGUCAUAGUCGUCAGUCUUACAUCAACAGCAGCUGCCAUUGGUGCUGCAGGCGUUCCACAAGCUGGCCUGGUUACCAUGACGAUCGUACUGACGGCUGUCGGCUUGCCAAUAGAUGAAAUAACGCUCAUUUUAUCAGUUGACUGGUUUCUGGACCGUUUCCGGACGGCUGUAAAUGUUUUGGGUGACGCCUUUGGGGCUGGGAUUGUGGAACACCUAUCGCGUAAUGAUAUCACAGACGUUUUAGAAUCGGAUGUACCGCUAAAAGAGGAGAAAAAUGGCUUUCAGCCUUCUAAGGUCGCCGUGGACGAUUGUGAUACCAGAAUGUAGCUGAUCCAGCAGGGCCAUCAUAUGUAAUCGGAAUUCACGAAAUCAUGGAAUAAAUUGUGUAACGGACUGCCCAUUUUUGGCUUAUCGUAGAAUUCCAAGGUUUAGGUGGGGUGUUGUUCUCCUGUAUUAACAUCCCCGACAAACCAAUGAGAAAGUUCAGUCCUUCAUCCCAUAAUAGUAUUUUAAUGCAAAUUCAUAGUCACCUAUUUGUACCUUUUUUUUUUUAAAUUUGUUACCUUUUACCUUUUGUUAUAUUGCAUACAGUUUUUUAUGUCAUGAUCUUGUUUUGAAGUUUUCUGUACAAUGCAUAUACAAGGACAUGAUAAAUAUUUUUAAAUA